CGUCCCAGAGCGUUGACUUAUCUUAACGCGAUACUUCAUCUUUGAAAGGUCGGGCUCCGUUUACAGAACCGGAGAGUCCACAACAAACAGCAAAGAGGAAAGUGGGACCGUCCAGAGCUUCUAGAGUUUCUCGUCGAGGCGUCCACUUCCUUCCUUCAGCAACAUGGGGGAACUCUUCAGAAGUGAAGAGAUGACGCUGGCUCAGCUCUUCCUCCAGUCAGAAGCUGCCUACUGUUGUGUCAGUGAACUGGGAGAGAUUGGGAUGGUGCAGUUCCGUGAUUUAAAUCCUGAUGUAAAUGUGUUCCAGCGGAAGUUUGUUAAUGAGGUGCGACGAUGCGAGGAGAUGGAUCGCAAACUGAGAUUUGUAGAGAAAGAAGUAAAGAAGGCUAACAUCCCAAUAGUUGACACAGGAGAAAACCCUGAAGUACCGUUCCCAAGAGAUAUGAUUGACUUGGAGGCCACAUUUGAGAAGCUUGAAAAUGAACUGAAGGAAAUCAACACCAACCAAGAAGCGCUAAAAAAGAACUUCCUGGAACUGACUGAACUCAAGCACAUUUUGCGACGUACACAGCAGUUUUUUGAUGAGAUGGAGGACCCCAGUUUACUGGAGGAGUCAUCCAUCCUCUUAGACCCCAAUGAGGUGAACCGAGCGGCUCCUCUCAGACUGGGAUUUGUAGCUGGAGUCAUUGGCAGGGAACGCAUUCCCACAUUUGAGCGAAUGCUGUGGAGAGUCUGCAGGGGAAAUGUGUUCCUGAGGCAGGCGGACAUUGAAGAUCCCCUGGAGGAUCCGACUACAGGUGACCAGGUCCACAAGUCUGUCUUUAUCAUCUUCUUCCAGGGAGAUCAGCUGAAGAACAGAGUCAAGAAGAUCUGUGAGGGGUUUAGAGCAACUCUGUAUCCAUGUCCAGAAACCCCCCAGGAGAGGAAGGAGAUGCUUGCAGGAGUAAAUGCCCGUAUUGAUGACCUGCAAAUGGUGCUGAACCAGACUGAGGAUCACAGGCAGAGAGUCCUGCAGGCUGCAGCCAAGACGGUCAGAGUGUGGUUCAUCAAAGUGAGGAAGAUGAAGGCCAUCUACCACACUCUGAACCUCUGCAACAUCGAUGUGACUCAGAAGUGUCUGAUCGCCGAGGUGUGGUGUCCCGUGUCUGACCUGGACUCCAUCCAGUUUGCGCUUCGCAGGGGAACGGAGAAAAGCGGCUCCACUGUGCCUUCCAUCCUCAAUAGAAUGCAGACUAAGCAGACCCCGCCCACUUACAACAAGACAAACAAGUUCACCUCGGGUUUUCAAAACAUCGUCGAUGCCUAUGGGAUCGGCAGCUACCGGGAGAUAAACCCAGCGCCAUACACCAUCAUCACCUUCCCCUUCCUAUUUGCGGUCAUGUUCGGUGACCUGGGCCACGGGGUGCUCAUGACCUGUGCGGCCCUGUACCUUGUGUUGAGGGAGAGCAGGCUAAUGGCCCAGAAGAAUGAUAACGAGAUGUUCAGCAUGGUGUUCGCAGGACGCUACAUAAUCCUGCUGAUGGGAGUUUUCUCAGUCUACACGGGCAUCAUUUAUAACGACUGCUUCUCCAAGUCUCUCAAUGUGUUCGGCUCUGGAUGGAGCGUCAGGCCCAUGUUUAACCCUCGAGUCGGAGGAAACUGGACGUUUGAGACACUGAACGGCAGUCGAGUUCUGCAGUUGGACCCUGCAAUAGAUGGAGUAUUCCAAGGGCCCUACCCCAUUGGCAUUGAUCCGAUAUGGAACAUUGCCACCAACAAGCUGACAUUCCUGAAUUCCUUCAAGAUGAAGAUGUCUGUAAUCCUGGGAGUCAUCCACAUGCUGUUUGGAGUCACUCUCAGUCUCUUCAACCAUCUGUAUUUCAAUAAACCGCUGAACAUCUACUUGGGAUUUAUCCCCGAGAUCAUCUUCAUGUCCAGUCUGUUUGGAUACCUAGUAAUCCUUGUCUUCUAUAAGUGGCUCUCCUAUGAUGCUCGCACAUCUAGGCAUGCUCCCAGUCUCCUCAUAGCCUUCAUUAACAUGUUCCUCUUCAACUACAGUGAUCCCACUAUCCAACCUCUCUACAGAGGACAGGCGGCCUUGCAGUCACUGUUGGUGCUAAUCGCCUUGGCGUGUGUUCCUUGUAUGUUAAUAGUGAAGACUCUGGUUAUGCGGAGGCAGUAUUUGUGGCGUAAAAACCUGGGCACACAAAACUUUGGGGGUAUCAGGGUGGGCAACGGACCCACGGAGGACGAGGCUGAAAUCAUCCAGCAUGAUCAGCUCUCGCAGCACUCGGAGGAGGAGCCGGAGCGUUGCCUUUUGUCACCUGCUUUCAAGGCCCGCGAGGAGGAAGAGUUUAAUUUCGGUGACGUGGCAGUGAACCAGGCAAUCCACACCAUAGAGUACUGCCUGGGCUGUAUCUCCAACACUGCCUCCUAUCUGAGACUCUGGGCCCUCAGUCUGGCUCAUGCACAGUUGUCGGAGGUGCUGUGGUCCAUGGUGAUGCGAAUCGGCCUCAGCAGUCGCAGCCUUGGAGGCUUCAUCCUCCUCUCUAUAGUCUUUUUCUUCUUUGCUGUUCUCACUAUUGCCAUUCUUCUUAUCAUGGAAGGACUGUCUGCCUUCCUGCAUGCACUACGACUGCACUGGGUGGAGUUCCAAAACAAGUUUUACUCCGGACAGGGAUUCAAGUUCCUUCCCUUCACAUUCGAAAGCAUCUUGGACGGAAGGUUCGAAGAAUAAAAUGAAGUCUACCGCGCCUCGUCUUUUGACAACCUGUUGGUGCUGUUGAAGACGUUUCUCUGCCGGUUUGUUUUAAAAGAAUUUAGAAUCAAUAUCUAAAAUUAAAAAAAAUCUUCUCGGAAAUCCCCGUUUGUUCAUUCCCCCGAAAAAAUAGCAUUAUCUGUCGUGUAUCUCGUCUUAGUGACAUUUUUUGUUUUACUUGUAUUAUUUAGUUUAAUAUAAUUUAUGCAGUAAUUUACUUUUAUGAAACGUGUAUCGUCUAUAUAUGUAGUAGUGUUUCUACUACUAAUCAUCAUAAAUGAAAUCCGUCGCGAUGAUGAUUAAUUGGUGUGAAAUGAGUGAAUGUGAGCCUCGUAUCCAUGUUGUCCCUUUGUCCGCUUCUUACACUCAGAGCAGCUCAUCUGUUUGAUUUCACACACAGACUUCAUGUAUAAUGACGCAGGCUGAGCUACCAAGUCCAAAGGGAAUACGUUUCAUCUUUGAUCAGUAUGAAGGGGAAUCUGGAGGUGGAUGUUUUUGUAAAAAUGCAACAUUGUGCGAUGGUGUUGGUGUUACUGAUUUCUGUUUUCCUUUGUGUUGAUUUACAUAUUUAAGUUAAAAUUUGUAAUGAUGUCAUAUGUAGAAGGGUGUAGCACAGAAGGAUGGGAUUCACUUCACCACAGUCAGUAAUUGUGCACCUCUGUUAAUAAAAUGGAAAGAGCUGGUUUAA